UUAACAUAUUUUUAACUCUUGCUGCCUGGAUUUUUUAGUCUUUUUUGCAGUACAUCUGGAAUUAAAAUGAGUUACAUAUUGAUGUAUGAAUUAUUCUUAUCAUCCACUGUAAUGGGGAAUUAUGUAUAAUAAUCCAGAGUAUAUUUGAUACUUUGGUUCAGUGAAAGGUCUGACUUAUUUGCUGAAGUACAGACAUCCCUGCAGGCAAAUUCAGUGGUUUUGCUUCCUGUAAAAAAAAAAAAAAAAAAAAAAACAAGCAAAAACAAACCUGAAACUAAAGUUCAAAGUGCUUCUGCUUUCAGUCAGAGGCCAAGUGUUACUGAAAAGGGAACAUCUGUCCAUUAAUUCCUCAGAGUCUGUGUCUGUGGAGGACAUGACGGGUCUCUAAACAUUUCACUGUGGAUUAAAAAAAUCAAAAUGCUUGGCGUUCUGCUCGUCCUGGUCUUCGCCACCGGUCGCUGUACAGCUGACGUCGGGGAUUUCGCUCCAUGUCUGCAGUUCUUCUACAGAUCUUGGCCUCCUAAAGGUUUGGUGGGAACCCCGAUCUGCCAGCGUUAUUACAACCAGCACCGCUUCGCCACGCUGUACAGCCGACCUCGCCGCUCGCCCUGGUUCUCGGCUUAUUUGUACUCCGUUCCUACAGGAAAAAGGCCCUCAGCGUCCUGGAAGUUUGAGCCACAGUUGGCAUAUCCAGGAGCUGAUGGCAACAUGAUCCCGUUCCCACCGGGCCCUCUGGACCAGAAUGUGGUGGAAAGCCAGGCAGUGGAUCUGGACUACAUCAACUCCACCUACUCUCGAGGCCACCUGAACCCCAGCCUUCACCAUCACAGCCGUGAGACCCGCUCGGCCACCUUCACCCUCACAAAUGUGGUUCCUCAGAAGGUUGGAUCCAACGAUGGUCCCUGGGAGUUCCUGGAGCAGAACAUCAACUUGACCUUAGCGGCCUACUGUCUCGGGGAGGCCUAUAUAGUAACGGGUGUCAUCCCAUACCGGAACGAUGAGCACUGGCUCAAGAAUCACCGUGUGGCAGUACCGGAGUAUCUUUGGUCCGCCUACUGCUGCCCAGACUACAACCACAGUCUCCCAAAGCAGCUGAGUGAUGCCUUUCCGACAUAUGCCGCCAUCGGACGCAACGACCCCAACAGCACCGGGGAGAUUGUACCAGUUAACAAGACAGCUAAAAGGCAGUUCAGAGGCUACGAUGUGAGACAGAUGUCACUGGAAACACUGGAGAUGUACCUGAAGGACAGGUUCAACACUUUCGUCAGUGUCUUCUACGAGCAGUGCUCCAGAGCAGACUGAUCCUGGACGAAUCAUGCAGUUCAUGAGGUGUGGAAACCUGCUGUAACUGAACUUAAAAACAUCAAAUCUAGAAAACUAACUGAAGAGUUCUCAGCUUUAUUCAACACAUGCACUUCCUGGAGGUCAUUAAUAAUGACAAAAGAUGUUGCCAUUGUGCCUCUUUACUAACUAAAGCCCCACGAUGUUCUCUGCUUGCCAACAUGGAAAUGCCAAAAUCCUGUGGUUGCUACAGCAUUAAACAGUAAGAGGUUGGUGGAAUAAUCAAGUAUUACAGCUAAUCUACAAUACUUGAAUGGCAUAUUAUUCAGGAAAAUUACAUCUGAUUGGGACUUAGCAGAUACUGUGGGUUUACUCUGCUUAAUACUGUAGUGUGCACAGGAGGCAACAGUUUUGUUUGUUGAUUAGCAGAAAACAUUGAGGGAGUUUAGCUAGUCAAGGACCACCAUCACAGAGACUUCUAUAACACUGAGUAACGUCCGGCUGACAAACGUGUUGAAAUAAACUAGUGCAUUAAGCAUACAUCUCAACAAAACAUCUGCUAGCUGUUUUCACUGUUUUAUUUUCACAUUUUUGCAUGACAACAGAUAUCAAUCACUUCAUACCUCCAAAAAAUUUGUAUGGAUCCUUGUAUAAUGUCUCAUUUCCAUAUAGUUUGGCUUCUUGUCUAUGAAUUUGUUUAACACACAGUCUAUGCCCCCUUUUGUUCAACUUUUCUAAAAGUCUUAGUUAACUUUUAACUUUAUACUAACAAUAUUGGAAAUGAUAAAUAUCCUUAAAAUGCUCUUUGAAUAAUAGAUUGAAACUUUAACAUGUUGUCAAACCUUAUCAAUGCCAGCGUUGUGAGAACAUUCCCUGUUAGCUGGGUUGGGAGUAAUAAUGUGUUGGAAAUAACUAUGAAACUAUGAAAUGUGAUCGACCUUUAAUCUUGUUAGCUACUGUCCAAACUCAGAGCAGGGAACAGUACACAAACUGUACUUCCUUUGUUAAAUAGAUUUUAUUAAGAAACCAUGGAGAUCCUUUAGAAGUAGGAACACUAUUUAAUGUGGAUAAAAACUUAGCAAUAAUCAAGGUCAUCUGAGCUUAGUCUGCCUGAAUAUCUGACAUGAAUCAAUGCCAUUAUAAAACACAGUGAUAUUUUUGUUUGUUUUCCAGCACAGCUUAAUGAGUCACCAUGACAACAGGUGUGUAAGAGUGCAUGUUUGUUUCAAAGGUGUAACUGUGGUUGUAGGUGGAAGUUCACAACCUGCUCUCAGGUGAGAUUAAUGGUGAAAUGAGCCAGCGGAUUUAUCAACCUGCCUAUUGUUCAAAAAUAAAUCAAAAAGAUCAAAGUGAA